UCGUUCCCGUCGACAUCACCAGUUUUUCUAUUUCAAAUGAUGCUGUUUCUGAGUUUUAUUCUAUUCUUGGUGGUCUGGAUGUUGUGCUCACACGAUUGCGUAAAACCGCGGAAAUUUCCACCAGGACCCGCAUGGUAUCCCCUGGUUGGAGCAUUUCCCGCAUUUCAUAAAUUGAAGGAAAAGUAUUACUAUGUUCAUACAGUUUUGGAGGAGAUGUCAAAAAAGUAUGGACCAGUGGUGGGUAUCAAGCUUGGGAGACAGAAAUUUGUUGUUAUUUCCGGCAGUGAAUUGGUAAAGAAGACAGCAAUGAGAGAUGAAUUCAAUGGUCGACCAGAUGGUUUCUUCUUCCGUGUGAGAGCCUUUGGGAAACGAAAGGGAGUUCUUUUCAUUGACGGGCCCGCAUGGGCCCAGACCAGGAAGUCUACGAUGAAACAUCUACGGUCGUUUGGCUUUGGACAGAAAACAAUGGAGAAUUACUUGGAGGUCGAGGCAGAGGCUCUUGUUACUCAUCUCCAGAGAGAAGUUGAGAGGCUGCAAAAGCCCCUCAGGCUCCAGGAAAUCUUCGAUGUCACUGUCCUCAAUACCCUUUGGAUGAUGAUUGCUGGGUACAGAUUUACGUACGACGACUCCAGACUCAACCACAUAUUAUCAGUCGUGCACGAAGCCUUCAGGUCUAGUGACACUCUAGGCGGUAUUCUGUCUCAUCUCCCUUUCCUACGAUUUGUCAUUCCGAAUUACUCGGGUUACAAUCGCUUAAUGGAGACGCAUGAUAAAUUAUGGGGAUUUAUUCGGAAUGAAAUUGAUGAACAUCUCAAGACGAUGAGACGGGAUCAGCCGCCGAAAGACUUUAUCGAAGCGUUUUUACUUGAAUCUGGAAACUCUUACGAUCGGGAGGAACUGAUAGUUCUUUGCUUGGAUUUAUUUAUGGCGGGAUCAAAAACAACGACAGACUCCUUGACCGCAAUCUUUGCUCUUGCUCUUCAUCAUCCAGAGUGGAUAAAGUCUCUGCAGAAUGAUCUGCAAGAUAUUGUCGGCCCAGAUGCACAACCCAGCUGCGAACACGCAUCGCAAUUGCCCCGAAUAGAGGCUUUCCUAGCCGAGGCACAUAGAGUUCUAGUUCUCACGCCACUUGGGGUACCCCAUAGGACAAUGGAUAAAGUUUCACUCGAGGGUUAUAACAUUCCGAAGGGUACUGUGGUUUUAUUCAAUUACCACAGCACUAAUGUCGAUGAGACGUGCUGGGAAGAGCCGUUGAAGUUCAAGCCAGACAGAUUUUUGGAUGAGAAUGGGCAGUUCAAGAGGAGGAGCGAAUUUUCGCCGUUCGGAUUGGGAAAACGACGCUGUUUGGGAGAACUACUGGCCCGAGCGUCGCUGUUUAUAUUUUUCUCUUCAAUAAUCCAUAAUUUCGACAUAGAAACGCCAGAAGACCAAGGGCUCCCAAUAUUAGAUGGAAUUGAUGGAUUCACUGUGUCACCGCGGCCAUAUCUCAUUAAAUUAACUCCCCGUUGCAAGCGAGAAUGAAAAUGGAAAAUUACAUUUAC